AUGAGCCCUACAAGGUUUCUUGAUGGUGAUCACAUACAACAGACGAAAAGUGGAGUCGCGAUUAAUGGUCCACGACCAACACCAUUAAAACUCAAACAAGAAUCUCACACCAUUCACAAACACCACCAACAGCAGCCGCAGAUGAUCAGAAAACCGAUAAUAAUCUACAUGCGUUCUCCAAAAGUAAUCCACACGAAACCUCAUGAUUUCAUGGCUCUUGUGCAGAAGCUCACAGGUAAAUCGGGAUCCAAACAUCAAGAACAACAAAAGAAAAACAAAACACUAGAAGAAGGUUAUGGUGUAUCACAUGAGAUGUUUAAUAAGCCUUUGAAUCCAUUUGCAUCCGAUAUGACGCUUUUUACGCCUAAUAGUAGUGAUUACUUCUUCUCGCCUAGUAGUUUCUUGAAGUUGUCUGAUGUGGUAUCAUCAUCUCCAAACAAGACCACUAAUUCAUUGUCACCUGGUUCAAUAGUCGAGUUCAUGAAAAGGCUUCCUGAAUAUUGA